CGGGGGCGGCGUGGGGGCUGGAGGAGAGCGCGAACCUGAGGAGGAAGAAGCUGGACCAGCGCGCAGGCCCAGAACCGCCCGAGCCGCGGCUGCGGCUACGCCCCAGAACGGAAGAGGGAAGUGAAUCCAGAGCCGUGCAGUGGGUUUCUGCCGGGCUGGGCUUGCUGAGCUAGAGGCAGCAGCGGGAGGAGGCCUUGGCCACGGGUCCUGAUCCGGGAUGUCGAAGAACACGGUGUCGUCGGCCCGCUUCCGGAAGGUGGACGUGGAUGAGUACGACGAGAACAAGUUCGUGGACGAGGAGGACGGGGGCGACGGGCAGGCCGGGCCCGACGAGGGCGAGGUGGACUCCUGCCUGCGACAAGGAAACAUGACAGCUGCUCUCCAGGCAGCUCUGAAAAAUCCCCCUAUCAACACCAAGAGUCAGGCGGUGAAGGAUCGUGCAGGCAGCAUUGUCUUGAAGGUGCUCAUCUCUUUUAAAGCUAAUGAUAUCGAAAAGGCUGUUCAAUCUCUGGACAAGAAUGGUGUGGAUCUCCUAAUGAAGUAUAUUUAUAAGGGCUUUGAGAGCCCAUCUGACAAUAGCAGUGCUAUGUUACUACAGUGGCAUGAAAAGGCACUCGCUGCUGGAGGAGUAGGGUCCAUUGUUCGUGUCCUGACUGCAAGGAAGACGGUGUAGUCCAGCAGGAGGUGUAGUCCAGCAGGAACUGGAUCCACUGCAGGAGUGGGAGUUGCUGGUACAAAGACCAAAACAACCAAAUGCCACGGCUGCCCUGUGGGUAGCAUCUGUUUUUCUCAGCUUUGCCUUCUUGCUUCCUUUUUCAUAUCUAUAAAGAAGAAAAUUACAUGCCAGUUUUCCUUUCAUGAAAAUUGGGAUAGUGUGGAGGAAAUUUGGUUUCAGCAGGAUUUUGUUUCAUCCUCUUGUAACCAUUUCAAUGAUGUUUAUACCAGUCUGUGUAGAGUAUCAUGUACAUUCAGAUUUAAUUGUGCAAUCUUAAACCCCUAUCAGCUGGUUACUGUGUUGUUGGUUUGUUCCCCCCGCCACACUAAUACGAGGGAUCAGAUCAGAAUUUGAGGCCAGUUUCCUAACUCCUUGCUAGUCAGGAAGUGAUCUUUAUUAAAUAUAUAUAUAUUUGAGAAACUGGCAGCUAUUAACAUUGCAAAACUGGACCAUACUUCCCUUAUUUAAGCAAAAUGUGUUUCUGGAACAAGUGGUGGGUGAAAAUCAUUACUAAUUUCCAAUUUUAUUUCUCCUUGUCUCCAGAUUAUGCUGUGAGUUUUAAGAACGCUACUUCCUUUCAACAUUCAAUUAUCAUGGCCUCUUGAUUUCUUUGUGGUCACCCAGGGUUCUGAACAAGGAGUCUUGUUCUAUACAGGUGUAUCUAUAAAUUAACAGAACCUGUUUGGCUUGAUAUUAAAGCUUUGUUGUGUCAAUAAUGUGGCUCCCUUUGGGGAAACUACUCCAAAUCAAAAAGGAUGAGGAAACUAUGAUGUAGUUCAAACUCUGGGCAGCCUCUGAAUGAAAUACUGUUUCUUUAGGAAAAUAGUAGCUGCCUUAGACAUUAUGAUGACAUAUAUUUAUUAUACCAUUUAGUAUGCCCUAUAAAUGUCCUCAGUGUUCUUCAGGGUAAUUAGGAUCUCAAAAGAUUUGGUUCAGAUCCAAACAAAUAACAUAUUCUGUGUUCAGCUCAGUGUUUCUUAAAAAAAAAAGUCACACAGCAAAAAAUUGUUUACUUUGUUGGACAAACCAAAUCAGUUCUCAAAAAGUGGCCGGUGCUUAUAAAAAGCUAUUGUUUCAUAGUAGCUCCAAAAAAACCACCUGAAAGCAUAUGACCAAGAGGGAAAUUAGCCUGUGUUUAGUAUUUACAUUGGCUACCAGUUUCAUAAUCACUGACUUAUAUGAAAACUGGUGCAGAAAUUCUAUAAACUCUGCUGUUUUUGAUACCUGCUUUUUGUUUUGUUUUGUAAAAAUGAUAAAACUUCAGAAAAUAAAAUGUCAGUGUUGAAUAAUUUA